UUUAGACCAAAAAAAUUUAACUGGGUCCUGGUAAACCGAAACCUAUAAACUUAGGAGCAUCGGCUUGCAUAAACCAAUUAACUAACGGUUCAAUGAAGAAAGCCAAGAUGCUUGUGACCACUGGAGCACAGUGCGAAUCGUUAUUGCGAAAACUUUCGUCUUUGCAAUCCUUUUCCGAAACCAAAAAGCUGCACGCAUUCAUGCUCACACUUGGUCUAUUCUCCUCCUCCGAGCUUUGCUGUAAGCUUGCCACAACAUACGCGCAAUGCCACCACGCUUCCUAUGCAUCCCACCUGUUUAAGAAGUUGCCUCAACCGAGUUUGUUCUCCUGGAAUGCUAUGAUGAGAAUGUAUGUCCAAAUUGGGCGCCCCUUUGACGCCCUCAACUUGUUUGUUGAAAUGCUUGACUCGGGUCAGACCUUUCCUGACAAAUUCACUUACCCGGUUGUUAUCAAGGCNUGUGGUGACUUGUCUUUGAUUGAUGUGGGAGUUGGAGUUCAUGGGCAGGCCUGUAAGUUUGGUUUCGAUUCUGACACAUUCGUCCAGAACACUUUGUUGGCAAUGUAUAUGAAUGUUGGGGAGAAAGAAACAGCCCAACUGGUUUUUGACUUGAUGCAGGAACGGACUGUGAUUUCUUGGAAUACCAUGAUAAAUGGGUACCUUCGGAAUAACUGUGCCGAGGAUGCACUGAGGGUUUAUGAUAGAAUGGUGGAUGAGGGUGUUGAGCCUGAUUGUGCAACCGUGGUUUCAGUAUUGCCUGCUUGUGGGCUUUUGAAAAAUCUGGAGGUUGGGAGGAGGGUUCACCGGUUGGUUCAGGAGAAAGGAUUUUGGGGAAAUAUUGUAGUUAGGAAUGCAUUGCUGGACAUGUAUGUUAAGUGUGCUCAGAUGAAAGAAGCGCGCGUGCUAGCGAAUCAGAUGGAUGAGAAAGAUGUAGUAACAUGGACAACUUUGAUUAAUGGAUACAUUCUGAAUGGGGAUGCUAGAAGUGCUUUAAUGCUUUGUCGCAUGAUGCAGUGUGAAGGAGUGAAACCUAAUUCUGUAAGUAUAGCUUCUAUACUAUCAGCAUGUGGCAGUUUGGUUUAUUUGAAGCAUGGCAAGUGUCUCCAUGCAUGGGCAAUAAGGCAAAAGCUCGAUUCUGAGGUCAUUGUGGAAACUGCCUUGAUUGAUAUGUACGCCAAAUGUAAUCACGGCAACCUCAGUUAUAAAGUGUUUAUGGGAACCUCUAAGAAGAGAACGGCCCCAUGGAAUGCUCUUCUAUCUGGGUUCAUACAAAAUAAGCUUGCAGUAGAAGCAAUAAAACUUUUUAAGCAAAUGCAAGUGAAAGGUGUACAACCUGACAAUGCAACCUGUAAGAGUCUUCUUCCUGCAUAUGCUAUUCUUGCCGAUCUCCUACAGGCAAAGAACAUUCAUUCUUACCUUAUAAAAUCUGGAUUUAUUUACAGACUUGAAGUAGCAAGUAUUCUAGUCGAUAUUUACUCAAAGUGUGGAAGUUUAGGAUAUGCUCACCAGAUUUUUAAUACAAUUCCUCUAAAGGACAAGGAUAUUAUUAUUUGGAGUGGAAUAAUUGCUGCAUAUGGAAAGCAUGGGCAUGGAAAAAUGGCGGUGAGACUUUUCAAUCAGAUGGUACAAUCUGGAGUAAAACCAAAUCAAGUCACCAUCACCUGUGUUUUACAGGCGUGCAGCCACGCCGGUUUGGUUGACGAGGGUUUUUCUUUGUUCAAAUGUAUGCUCAAGCAACUGCAAAUUAUUCCCCAUGUUGAUCAUUAUACUUGCAUUAUUGAUCUUCUUGGACGUGCUGGUAGACUGAACGAUGCUUAUAGCCUUAUUAGAUCAAUGCCUAUAACACCUAACCAUGCUGUAUGGGGUGCACUGCUUGGAGCUUGUGUGAUUCAUGAGAAUGUUGAACUUGGAGAGGUAGCUGCUAGGUGGACUUUUGAGCUUGAGCCUGAAAACACCGGUAAUUAUAUUUUGUUGGCAAAACUUUAUGCUGCUGUAGGAAGAUGGAGAGAUGCAGAGAAGGUUAGAGAUAUCAUGGCAAAUGAGGCGGGACUAAGAAAACUACCUGCUCACAGUUUAGUCGAGGUUAGAGAUAUGUGAAUCGAACAUGGUCAUUUGGACUACAAUGCACAACCAAUAAAACUCUGUUCCAAAUGAUAGUCGUCAUUAUUGGCGUAGUUAUGAAGAGCCUACAAAACGUGAAAGUUCCUCUAUAGAGGUCUGUUGAGGCACAAUGGCAACUACCAAAAAGUGCCAAAUUUCAUGGGAUUUCAGACACAUUCAUCAUCACCUGAUAAGCUUCCCAGUUGUCAUGUUGGUGAUAUAACGAGAAAUUUUUUGAGUUAUUCAUAAUUUUGCCUUUUGCAAUGGCUGUCUGGUUGUUGUUGAUCCGUUAGACUGGCCACUACAACUCAUUCUCUCAUUUUCUUGCAAGAUGGCAAGAAUGACACUGACUGAGGAAAGAGGCAGGGGGGAUAUUGGUCGGUGGUGCCACCUAUUCUUAUAUUUUAUGCAACCGCUUGUUGGCUAUGUUGAUCAUGAUCAACAUAAUGACUUUGCUUGCUUCUGAUGCAUCCGUGCUUUUUGUUUAAUGGCUUGUCUCUACGAAGACUUAGAUACUGCUGUCAAUAUGUAACUUGUACUAUUUAGCUAAACUGUGGCAGGUAAAAGAAGCUAGGUUCUAACCCAAAACUCUGUUCUUGACUGUGUUCCAUCUUAAAUAAUUGGGGCCAUUAUCAAACUAUUCUGAAAAGAAAAGGUGGAGCUGAAAAACAUUCAUCUAACAAUUCUGUAGUAA